UAGGCGUUUACUAAUUUAGGUUUUCUGUCGCGAGGUUUUGAAAAAUGAAUUUUCUUUGCUAGGGUGGUGUUUUGUUAACUAAAGUUUGCAGUAGCCUGUUAAGUUUGGUUUCUCUUAAUAACGGAUACAAAGCGUGUGUGUUUAUUAUAAAGACAUGUUAUAAAAAGUAAGAUUUUUUUUGCCCGUGGCUCACGCCUGGCUAUAAUUUCCGGGCGCGAGACCAGGAAGUGCUUAUGGCGGCGGUCCACCAUAUUAACUUCUGAACAGAACAGUCACAAAACGAGCACAAGUAACACUAUCGAGGGGUGUUUUGGAAAUAUGGGCUGACGAACUUGUUGGAGGCUUUAAGUCAAGUGGACCUUGCCUUAUUUUUUUGAAAGUUUCGCCAGGAGUUGGAAAUGCACUUGAGAAGGUGGUUGUUGGCAGUGAAAUGUGUAGGUCAGUUAAAGAUUUUCCAUGCAUCCUGCUGUGUCCUGUGACAGAAGAACGAUGAACUCUGUGUCACCCAGUUCGGCACAGUACCGAGGCAUGGCACCCGAUGAGGUCCUGCCUGGAGAAUACAGCAAAAAACACCUGAUUGGACAGAGUCCGAGUCCCAAAGAUGUCAAGAGCCACUUUGCCCACCUCACUGAGACUGGGAGGUCUAGUGAGCCAGAUGAGGUAGACAAGAUUAAAGCCAAGCUUAUGUCUGCCUGGAAUAAUGUCAAAUAUGGCUGGACAGUGAAAACUAAGACCAGUUUUAACAAAACCUCGCCACUGACGCUUCUGGGCCGAACGUACAUCUUGGAUAAUGAAGAUGUUGUUGAUCAGUUUCGCAAAAAUUUCAUCUCCCUUAUCUGGCUGACAUAUCGACGUGAAUUCCAGCAGCUGGAGGGCUCUGUGUGGACGACCGACUGUGGCUGGGGCUGCAUGCUACGUAGUGGACAAAUGUUGCUUGCUCAAGGUCUGCUUGCUCACCUACUUCCUUCAGGCAAGUAUGCGACUUAGUAAAAAGUGGACACUGAGAAUUUAUUUUUGGUGUCAAAGGACCUUUUUUGGUGGGCCGUAUACUAUUUAAAUUUUUAUAUUGUGGCACGCAGCUGGGGGUGGUACCCAGCCAGGAUGGCCAAG